UUCAACACAAAUGGGCACACAUUCGAAAAUACAUGUAGAGUGACAGAUUUAAUACAUGAUAAUAAUGCUUUGUGGAACUUCCAAUAUGUUUCAUACAAGUAUGCUUGAAAAUGAAGUGUAAGCGAAAAACGAUUCCAAACGUGUGGAUUCUGUGUCUUGUUUACGGACUGUUCAAGAGCACGUGCGUGCUAGGUGCGUGUGCCCCGAAUGACGUCAAGAAUGACCUCAUUAAAUGCCUAGCGUAUCAGAAGAUUGGGACAUACUAUCAGUUCCCGAUUGUGGAGAGCACAAACUAUUACAAGGGCUUCUGCGGCAAUUCCACGUGUAUGACGUAUUGCAUGAAGUCCGUGGCCAGCGCGUGUUCCAGCCAAGAGUUCAUGGUCGUCAAUGGCGACGGCUCGAAUCUUGUAGGGGCUUACUUGGGGCUGUGCAACGAGACUGAGACAGCUGUUGGCGAGUUCAUCUCGUGCAGUAACACCGUCUCCAAUCAAGCCGCGCUGGACGUCAUCAGUCCGUUUGAGAACAAGCUGCAGGCGUCAUACCUCGCUAGUACGGAGAACACAACGGAGAUAUGCGAAGAUUGGAAUGCGAUGAUGGUCAAUUUGACAACACUGAUUACGACGGCUUGCUCAGGCAACGCGCUGGAAUUAUGGAAAACAUUUCUAAACACCGUCUCGUACAACUGUGAUAACACGAAGACACCGUCUUGGUACGCGACAUCGGCCUCAUUUGACGUCUCCAUUUGCGUGAUUUCCGGUGCCGUGACGUCAGCGCAUUUUGCGUUGUUAUUGACAAUGUUUUUGCCAAUGGUGAUAGUAUUAUGCCUUUUUUUUGGAUGGGACUUGUGAAUGAGAGAAGCGCGACAUGAAAAUAACGUUAUCAAUGAUUUGCAACUUAAUUAUGAAAAAGAACUACCUCCUGUGAAUACUAUCUCACAGCAGAUUAGUCCUCUCGUAGUUGGUUUACUCGGUUUAUAUACUUAUUCGUAAUGCAUAGCACAGUGCACAUAUAUCUAUAAUAUCUCUAUGAUAUGUGUGAGUUACUCGCAGGCUGUUCUGGUUUUAUGUUGGUAGCAAAAGCCAUUUUCACUUUGCUUCUGAUGGUGGAAAGGGUUAAACAAAUGAAAUGAUGCUGAUUGUUUGUAGAAAACUGCGUUCGCCAUGGUAUAAUGUGAUAUCAUGAAUGUUUGCAAUAUCGUUAGCAUGUCAAUCAUGUACAUUGAAUUUUGUAUUUGUGUCACAAACUCGUGUAUGUCUAAGUGCAGACAUAUUGUGAAAACAUACAAUAUCAUCCCACGUACAUACCUUACUCUGCUACUAUCGGUUAACGUGUGUGUUUACAUUUUUUUGUAUUGCCUUCGUUUGGUUAUUUAUUAAUUAUUAAACAAUAUGAAUUA